CCUCCCCAACAUGCAGCAAUCUGCGCAGUUGAUUACUGAAAACAAGGAAUUCAACGAGGACUUUCCUCGGUUCUUGAAGGAUGUCGGCCUAGACAAUGUUGGUUUUGAUUACCAUGUUGUUGCCGUUCUUGGCUCUCAAUCCACUGGCAAAAGCACUUUGUUAAAUAAGCUGUUUGGAACACAGUUCUCUACUAUGGACACCGUUCGUCGGCAGCAAACAACAAAGGGCAUAUGGGUUUCAAGAGGAAAAGAUUCAUCCAUUCUCAUUAUGGACGUUGAGGGCACAGACGGUCGUGAGCGUGGAGACGAUCAGGACUUUGAACGCAAGUCUGCUCUCUUCUCCAUCGCAACGAGUGAGGUAAUUAUCGUUAACAUGUGGGAGAACCAAAUUGGUCUAUACCAAGGAUCCAACAUGACGCUGUUGAAGACGGUCUUUGAAGUCAAUCUUCAACUGUUUCACGAAAACAUCGAACGUUCACGGUUGCAAUUCGUAAUCCGUGACUUUCUGGGCAGUACUUCGCUCGAUAACCUUUCAGAAACAUUAAUGACCGAUCUGAAUCGGACGUGGGCUUCGAUCAGCAAGCCCGAAGGUCUCGAGAACUCUGUCAUUACUGAUUUUUUCGACGUUGACUUCUCAGCCCUGCCGCACAAGGUUUUGUGUGCUGAAGCAUUCGAUGAAGAAACUGACAAGCUGCGUGAACAAUUCCUUGAUGAAAAAAAUCCAAAGUAUCUGUUCAAGCCCUGCUACCAUAAACGGAUUCCUGCUGAUGGCUUCCCUCUUUACACGCAGGGUAUCUGGCAACUUAUCCAAAACAACCGUGAUCUCGACCUUCCUACACAGCAACAAUUGUUGGCUCAAUAUCGUUGCGAUGAGUUUAUCGCUGAAGCCAUGGUCUCGUUUGACGAGCAAUGCGAGGAACUUCUUACAUUCUUAAAAACACACCAAUCGAUUGAAAACCUUCUGCAACGUUUGGAAGCUAUUCAAACUUCAACGUUUUCCAUCUUUGAUGAGAAUGCACGUCGUUAUCAAAGUGAGGUGUAUACAAAAAAGCGUCAAGAAUUGGAUCGUAUGAUGAAGACGCGACUUGCGGUUCCCAUCCAGCGUUACUUAGCUGCAAUCCAUAAGGAACUUGUCGCUGGUUUUCCAGAGCGAAUUGCGACUCUUGUUAAAGAUGCCUGCUUCAAGGAUGUUGCCCGCGUCACCGUGUCUGAAAUGGUUUCUGUCAUGCAUUCCGAGGCUGCGGCCUUGCAAAAGGAGGGUUUUGUUUGUGAUGCGGAACAGACGGUCGAGACCUUGAGAGUGGAGCUAUUGCAGCUAGUCCGAAGCAUGCGUGAGGAACGUCUCGCACAGAUUUCAGCAAAGCUCAUGGUCCAAUUCGAACAGGAGUUUGCUGAUGCUAUUGAUGUCUCCUUUCAUCAUUUGACAAAAGACAUUUGGGACAACAUUAUGCACAAAUUUGAUGAGUUGCGUGAAAAAGUGCUCGAUGAAAUGCUCCGCUCAUUAAAUGAGUACAUCGAUGAUGAAAUGGACGAAGACGCGGAGCUCUUGCGUACUAAACACAUGUUUAAGCUGAAAAGAAGUACAUGGCUUGUGCUUCGUAGAACCCUUGAAAAUGAAACAGCUGAGCCUAUUUUGCAACAACGUUUGCGUACUCACUUUGAGGACAGUUUUCGUUACGACAGCCGUGGCAUUCCUAAAAUGUGGAAGAAGUCUGACAUUUUGGAAAAUGAUUUCAAUAAGAGUCUGCAGGAUACUCUUCAGUUGAUUGAUGUUCUUGCAAUCGUUCGUCUGAAAGAUGGCAGUGUCCCGACAGUUGAUGUUCCUUUGGCUGAAGAAGGUGAGGACACAGCUUCCAACUUGGAGGCUGAUACUUUCUUUACAUUCCUCAACCGCAAGAAGAAAGCGAAUAUUCACGUUUCUGUGAAACGGGCUGCUGAUCUCGUAUUUUUGGAUUGCAAGCGUUCUAUCAUUAGCACAGCUACUCGGGUACCGGGUUACUUCUGGGCUUUGUUGGCAGUCUUGGGCUGGAAUGAGUUUGUUUCUGUUCUCAAGAACCCUGUGCUUUUGACUCUUCUAUUAAUUGUUGUCUCUUUUCUGUUUAUUCUUGUUCAAACGGGUCUUGCUGGGCCCGUGAAAGCCUUUGCUGAACGCAGUGUCAGGAACGCAGUAAAUUCAAUGGGAGAAAAAUUGGCCGAGAAGUUAGACGACUAUCGAUCGACUUCGCCUGCAUCAGAGACGACUUCUGGUCGAGUUAUCUCUGCUGAAAAUAGUUCGGUUGAUGAGAAGGUGAGCACCACUCCUUAGUUACAAAUUUUAUGAAAGUGCAAAACCGCCUUAAUUUCGCAUCAUUAAUGCUGUUCUCUAAUCGGCUUUUUUGGCCAAUCUAAUGAUUCUAGCAACGUUUCUGUUAACACAAGCUUAUGCUUGACGAAGUCGUCGAAGAACGGGAAAGUAAACCUCUGUAUUCCUGUAUUCACUUUCGUUUCCCUUCACUACCAUUGGUAUUCAAUCUCCUCUGCGUCACAGAUGCUUAGCAUCAGGCACUCUCCUCCCGUGUUUUUGUCUGUAUUAUGAUAACCUAAAUCACUUAUGUUUGUAGGAAGACAGUAACAUUCAUGUAUAUUUCAGGUGCUAGUCUAUUGUUGAAAAAAUAUUAAAUGAAAAUGAUUGACUUGCAAUUCGAUGUCGGAGAAAUACGUAUUUUGAAUGCGCUUUGUAUCGUACGAAAACUUUACUACUACGUGCCCCUGUUUUGACUAAAUAACUGAGAAUGAAUUAUGUCUUGGUGUU